AUGAAGGACUUGCUAAGUGCAUUUGAUGUGACUCAAACUGCAAACCGAAGACGUGAGAAUAUAGCCGAUAAAGCAAAAGAUAUGAAAGAUAGUGGUGAUUCGGCCACUAAUUUACUCAUCUCGGAUAUCGGUGGUGAUCUCUCGAUGGAGUGCUUAGCACGCUAUGCUAAGGUGGAUUAUGACUCGUGGGUGGAUGGAGUAACUCCAAACACCCCAAGAUGCCUAUUUUUCUCUGGCAGCCUCAGCGAGAUUGCUAUCGUGACUGCUGGUGGUGAUUCAAAAGGGAAGAUUCUAGGCUUUGCAGAAAUGUAUGAUUCGAACACAGGAAUGUGGCAACCUCUCCCGAGCCUAAAUACACCAAGGAAACUGUGUUCAGGUGUGGUUAUGGACAAGAAAUUGUAUGCGAGUAGGCGGAUUGGGCUUGAGAAAAAAGGUGUAGAUGGUGAAGUUGGCAACCCGAAAGUGCUUACAUCCUGCAAGAAUGAGUUGUACGCGGCAUAUCAUGAGGAAAUGCUUUUGAAGAAAUACAACAAGAGCCUGAAUAUUUGGACGACAAUCGGAAGAUUACCGGAAAAUGCCUCCUCGACAAAUGAUUGGGGAUCAGCGUUUAGAGGUUGCGGUGAUUUAAUCAUAGUUAUUGGUGGCCCUCAGGCUAUGAAUUAUGGGUUUCUUGAUAUCAAUGCAUGGGAGCCGAAGGAAGGUCCUCCAGAGUGGACUUUGCUCAGUAGGAAGGAUUCAAAGAGUUUUGUCUAUAAUUGUGCUAUAAUGGGCUGUUGA